CAAGAGACAACAGCAAUGGCUUCCAUCCAUCGACGGCAGAUCAAGAAACCAGAAUCAAACAAAAGUUCCGGGUCCAUGGCCAGCCCCUGCCGUUUCACAGACGUGCACGGCCUGCCCAGCAUUGAGAACCUUGUGAGGUCAGCGGAGCACACCCCGGAGGUCAUCAGCACCCGGGUCACCGGCACCAUCCCGGACUGGAUCACGGGCAACUUCCUCAGAAACGGCCCGGGGAAGUUUGAGUAUGGAAAUCAGACGUUCAACCACUGGUUCGAUGGCAUGGCUCUUCUGCACCAGUUCAAAAUAGCCAAAGGCAGGGUGACCUACAGGAGCCGUUUCCUGUCCAGUGACUGCUACCAGGCCAACAACGAGAACAACCGCAUCAUGGUGUCCGAGUUCGGAACCGUCGCCCUGCCAGACCCCUGUAAAAACUUCUUCCACCGCUUUCUGUCCAGAUUCGAGCUGCCAAAGGCCACUGAUAAUGCCAGUGUUAGCUUCGUCACCUAUAAGGGGGACUACUACGUGAGCACGGAGACCAACUUCAUGCACAAAGUGGAUCCUGAGACCCUGGAGACCACCGGAAAGGUGGACUGGAGCAAAUUCAUUGCAGUCAAUGGAGCCACAGCCCACCCACACACUGACCCGGAUGGCACCACCUACAACAUGGGAAAUUCCUACACUCCAAAAGGGGCCUUCUACAACAUCAUCCGUGUGCCGCCUACAAAGUCCUCCCCAGAGGAGACGCUGGAGGGGGCCACUGUAGUCUGUUCCAUUCCCUCCACAGACAAGACAAAACCCUCCUACUACCACAGCUUUGCCAUGUCGAAGAAUUACGUGGUGUUCAUCGAACAGCCCAUCAAGAUCAACCUGCUGAAGGUUGUGACCGGCAAACUUACUGGGAAGGGCAUCAGUGACAGUGUCUACUGGGAACCCAAACUUGACACCAUCUUUCACCUGAUAGACAAAAAGACAGGCAAGUUGAGUUCGGUGAAGUACCACACCAAGGCAAUGUCCACCUUCCACCAAAUCAACGCCUUUGAGGAGAAUGGCUUCCUGCUCAUGGACAUGUGUGUAUCAGACGAUGGCCAGGCCAUCAAUAACUACAUGGUGCAGAACCUGCGCAAGUCCGGAGAAGCCCUUGAUGAGGUGUACAACACCAUGUGCAGGGUGUUUCCGAGGCGCUUCGUCCUUCCCCUUAACGUGGGCACUGAUACACCAUGUGGCACCGACCUGAACAAGGAGACGGACAGCACGGCCACAGCCAUCAAGAUCUCCAACAAUAAAGUUUUCUGUACCCAUGAGGACCUCCAUGGAGAGGACCUCCACUUUUAUGGAGGUCUGGAGUUCCCACAGAUUAACUAUGCCAAGUACAACACACGGCCCUACCGCUACUUCUAUGGCUGUGGCUUCCGACACCUAGUGGGAGACACUCUGAUCAAGAUGGACAUCCACAGCAAACAGAUGAAGGUGUGGGAUCGGCCAGGUCUGUACCCAUCUGAACCGGUCUUCGUACCUUCUCCUGACGCCACAGAGGAAGACGAUGGCGUGGUGAUGGCUGUGGUCAUCACUCCAAACAAGGACAAGAGCACCUUUCUCUUGGUGUUGGACGCCAAGACCUUCAAGGAGUUGGGCAGAGCAGAGGUGCCAGUGAAUAUUCCCUAUGGUUUCCAUGGGACGUUCAAUGCCACGGCAUAGAUGGGAAGGACCAGACUAGCUUGUCUCUACUCUCAAAUAGUAUAGAGAAACUGUUGCAUACUCCGACAAGAUUUGUAUAGUGCAAUGCACACCAGAUUUUAUUAAUUAACUUGAAACAUAUCUUAUUUACCAAAUGUAGUUUCAAAAAGCAGCACAAUCUUAGAUUUUGGAAGUUCAUUGUCUUAAAGACAUGACAGUAAUAUUGCUACACUGAGAGGAAAAACAAAAACAAAAAUACACCAUAUAUAUUUGUAUAUUAUAUUUUUUUAUACUUUUGUAUAAACAAUUAGAUAAACUUUAUAAAUGUUCAAAUGUGGUAAUUUUGAUUUAUGAACUUAGUUAAAGGAGAAAAGUAUUGUUUUCAUCAUAUAGUAAUUGAUCAAAUACAAAAAUGUGUUUGAAGAUAACUAUCCAAAAGUAUAUCCAACGUACAUGUCUUCAAGAAAAAUACGCAGACAGUUAAUGGCUAUUCAUUUAUUCCAUAUUGUAACUGGUGCAAUACUGAAUCAAAACUAAAUAUGAAGACACAACUGUAAAAAUAAAAUGUAUAAACACUGCCAACAAAAAUAAAUAUGUUUAAAAACAAAAAA